AUGUUGGAAGAGAUACAUGACGAUUUGUUGACACAUAUUAUUAGAAGAGUUGGUUUGUCAGAUUUCAGGGACCUCCGAGGAGUUAUAGGAGCAAACAAGAGAUGCAAAUCGGUGGCCUUGUCGUCAGCUAUGUUGAAGGAAACUGACCUUUUUGAAGUUCUAUGGUUAGGACACCACAUUGACCAAAACUCUCCCUAUCAUCUAUUUUUGGCUCGGUGCAUACAUGCAAGGAAUCAGACAGCAGUGCUAAUGGAAGGGCUUCGGCUAGGUUUCAUGGAAGAAAAACUAGAUGAAGCCAUAAGAAGAGUGGAAACAUGCAAUGGAACGAGUGUGUACAUGGUGUAUGUUUUGGGGAUGCUGCAGAUCUGCGGAGAUGAUCAUGAUAUUGGAUGUACGACAUUGGCUCAGCUAAAAUGGUGGGAAGAUAUACCUUAG